CAUUUGGCCGCUGCGGGGCUGUGUAGCAGAAGCAACGCAGUGCUCUCCGGUGGCACACACUUGCACCAGCACAGACCCAGCAGCCAAGUCCUGGACCACCGGCCAUGGCACAAGCCGCCAAACACCUUCGUAAGAACAAGGAUUUAGAGGCUCUUGCUGAGCAAGAGAGGAAAGAAAAGGAGGAGAAAGUGAAGAAGAGGAGUCGCUCACGGGACAAAAAGCGCAAGUGUUGCAGUGGGCCUGGAGUCUAUCCAAGCAACAGUAGGUGUGAGGCCCACGCUGUUCACCGCUGGCUAAUCGAUCAGGACAAUAGUGUGAACUCUGAGCCGCCGGAUGGCCAGGGAGUGUGGCACUAUGAUGAAACAACUGAUGCUGCUACCAGUUUUCUACGUGCUGCCCGCUCAGGUAACCUGGAAAAGGCUCUUGACCACAUCAAGAACGGUGUCGAUAUCAACACAGCCAAUCAGAAUGGACUCAAUGGGUUACAUUUGGCCUCAAAAGAAGGCCAUGUUAAAAUGGUGCUGGAACUUCUGCACAACGGCAUUGUGUUGGAGACUACAACAAAGAAAGGCAACACUGCCCUCCACAUUGCUGCAUUGGCUGGACAAGAGCAAGUGGUUACAGAGCUGGUUAACUAUGGAGCUAACGUCAAUGCCCAGUCUCAGAAGGGCUUCACUCCACUCUACAUGGCAGCACAAGAGAAUCAUCUGGAGGUUGUGAAGUUCCUCUUGGACAAUGGAGCCAAUCAGAGUAUUCCAACUGAGGACGGCUUUACGCCAUUAGCUGUGGCUCUUCAGCAGGGUCAUGAGAAUGUAGUGGCUCUGCUUAUCAAUCAUGGCACCAAGGGAAAGGUUCGCCUCCCUGCGCUGCACAUAGCAGCACGCAACGAUGACACUCGCACUGCCGCUGUGCUUCUGCAGAAUGACCCCAAUCCUGAUGUACUAAGCAAGACAGGCUUCACACCACUCCACAUUGCAGCACACUAUGAAAAUGUGAACAUUGCCCAGCUGCUGAUAAACAGAGGAGCCAAUGUGAACUUCACUCCCAAGAAUGGAAUAACACCUCUUCACAUUGCAUCCAGGAGAGGGAACAUUGUCAUGGUCAGGCUUCUGCUGGACCGGGGCGCAACAAUUGAUGCCAAGACUAAAGAUGAGCUGACUCCACUUCACUGUGCUGCCAGAAAUGGUCAUGUUAGGAUCAUUGAGAUCCUGCUGGACCAAGGAGCCCCCAUACAAGCCAAGACCAAAAAUGGUCUCUCUCCGAUUCACAUGGCGGCUCAGGGGGACCACAUGGACUGUGUGCGACAGCUCUUACAGUAUAACGCUGAGAUUGAUGAUAUAACACUAGACCACCUGACACCCCUACAUGUGGCAGCACACUGUGGUCACCACCGCAUGGCCAAAGUGCUGCUGGAUAAAGGAGCCAAGCCGAACACCCGUGCACUGAAUGGCUUCACACCUCUCCACAUAGCUUGUAAGAAGAAUCACAUCCGUGUAAUGGACCUACUACUAAAACACUCCGCAUCAUUGGAAGCCGUGACAGAGUCAGGCCUAACCCCACUUCAUGUGGCCUCCUUCAUGGGUCAUUUAAACAUAGUGAAGAUCCUGCUGCAAAAGGGAGCCUCUCCAAAUGCCUCAAAUGUGAAAGUGGAAACGCCCCUGCACAUGGCAUCCCGAGCAGGUCACUGUGAAGUUGCAGAGUUUCUGCUGCAGAAUACAGCUCCAGUGGAUGCCAAAGCCAAGGAUGACCAGACCCCGUUACACUGCGCUGCCCGCAUGGGCCACAAAGAACUAGUGAAGCUCCUGCUGGAGCACAAGGCCAAUCCAAAUUCUGCCACCAUGGCUGGACACACUCCACUGCACAUUGCAGCCAGGGAGGGACACACACAGACAGCCAGGAUCCUCCUUGACAUGAAUGCCCAGCAGACCAAGAUGACGAAAAAAGGCUUUACUCCUCUCCAUAUGGCAGCAAAAUAUGGAAAGAUAGAUGUGGCAGAGUUACUUCUUGAGAGAGGGGCAAACCCAAAUGCUGCAGGAAAGAAUGGACUCACGCCGUUACAUGUUGCUGUCCAUCACAAUAACCUGGAUGUGGUAAACUUACUGGUUAGCAAGGGCGGAUCUCCACACAGCGCAGCAAGAAAUGGCUACACUCCACUCCACAUUGCCUCCAAGCAGAACCAGUUGGAGGUGGCCAACAGUUUGCUGCAACAUGGAGCCUCUGCCAAUGCUGAAUCCUUACAAGGAAUCACACCACUGCACUUGGCUUCCCAGGAGGGUCAAGUAGACAUGGUCUCAUUGCUCAUUUCCAAGCAAGCCAAUGUCAACCUGGGCAACAAGAGCGGCCUGACCCCACUUCACCUUGUUGCUCAAGAGGGUCAUGUGGGCAUUGCUGACAUCCUAGUGAAACAUGGGGCAUCUGUAUAUGCUGCCACACGGAUGGGCUACACUCCACUUCAUGUGGCUUGUCAUUAUGGGAACAUUAAAAUGGUUAAGUUCCUCCUGCAGCAGCAGGCAAAUGUCAACAGCAAGACCAGGGCAGGAUAUACACCCCUUCAUCAAGCUGCUCAACAGGGCCACACUGACAUUGUGACCUUGCUUCUGAAACAUGGUGCCCAACCGAAUGAAAUUACUACCAACGGCACUUCUGCACUGGCCAUUGCUAAACGCCUCGGCUAUAUUUCUGUCAUUGAUGUCCUCAAACUGAUUACUGAAGAAACAGUGACCGUGUCGACCACUGAAAAACAUCGAAUGAGUUUUCCUGAGACGGUGGAUGAAAUCCUGGAUGUGUCUGAGGAUGAAGGAGUUGCACAGCUAACGCUAGGCGAGGAGCUACUGGGAACAGAGAUUGGCAGGUAUUUGAGGACGGACGGCAUGAGGGACCAUGAUGACGAUUUCCUUUCCUCCAGGACAGGCACAGAAAACUACUCACCUGCUGUUCCAAGGAUCCCCUGCGUCUCUCCUGAAAACAUGAUGCUGAAAGAACAUGAAAUGGACCAGCAGCACACUCCUAUCCCAAUGCCCAAAGAGUAUGAUGAUGACUCUCUGAUUCCCAGCAGUCCAGCCACCGAGACCUCUGAUAACGUCAGUCCAGUGGCCAGCCCCAUCCACACUGGCUUCUUGGUCAGCUUCAUGGUGGAUGCACGAGGUGGUUCAAUGAGAGGAAGCAGACACAAUGGUCUACGUGUUAUCAUACCACCACGGACAUGUGCAGCCCCGACGCGUAUAACCUGCCGCCUGGUGAAGCCCCAGAAGCUCUCUACUCCACCUCCUCUGGUGGAGGGUGAAGGUUUAGCUAGUCGAAUCAUCUCACUAGGUCCAGCUAGCAUGCAGUUUUUGGGACCGGUGAUUGUGGAGAUCCCUCAUUUUGCAGCACUUGGUCGGGGAGACAGGGAACUGGUGGUCUUGAGGAGUGAGAAUGGCUCCGUCUGGAAGGAGCAUCGGAACCGUUAUGGUGAUGAAGUUUUGGAGACUAUACUCAAUGGCAUGGAUGAAGAUUUAGAAAGCCAAGAAGAGCUUGGGAAGAAGCGUAUCAGGCGCAUCAUCUCCACUGAUUUCCCUCUCUACUUUGCUGUGGUCUCCCGAAUCCAACAAGAGAGCGAUUUGAUUGGCCCCGAGGGAGGACGUCUGACCAGUAAAAUUCUGCCACUAGUUCAGGCCAGUUUCCCUGAGACUUCUGUCACCAAGCGGGUUCGCCUUGGACUGCAGGCCCAGCCAGUUCCUGACGAGCUGGUGGCCAAGCUGCUGGGGAACCAGGCCACGUUCAGCCCUGUGGUGACUGUGGAACCACGGCGCCGUAAGUUCCACCGGCCCAUUGGCCUGCGCAUCCCACUGCCUCCGUCCUGGAAGGAAAGUCCACGAGAUUCGGGCGAGGGUGACACUACCAGCCUCCGUCUGCUCUGCAGUGUCAUUGGUGGCACGGACCCAGCACAGUGGGAGGAUAUCACUGGCACAACCAAACUUGUAUAUGCUAAUGACUGUGCAAAUUUCACCACCAAUGUGUCUGCACGGUUUUGGCUAGCAGACUGUCCACGGACUGCAGAAGCAGUUUCCUUUGCUAACCUGCUGUACCGUGAGCUGUCAGCAGUGCCAUACAUGGUUAAAUUUGUAGUGUUUGCAAAGAUGAAUGAGGCACGAGAAGGUCGAUUGCGCUGCUACUGUAUGACUGAUGAUAAGAUGGACAAGACCCUAGAGCAGCAUGAAAACUUCACUGAAGUGGCCCGGAGCAGAGACAUAGAGGUAAUGGAGGGCAUGCCAUUACACUUGGAGUGCUCAGGGAACUUGAUCCCCAUAAGGAAGGCUGCUCAACAGCCCCGUUGCUUCAGCUUCCAAGCCUUCAGAGAUAACAGACUUCCUGUCUCUGUGAAGGUAAGGGACAGUAGUAAGGACCCCACUGGCUUCUUGUCUUUCUUACGUAAGUCUACCAAGUAUGAGGACAGUCAGCAAGUACUCUGCAACCUCAAUAUUACUAUGCCACCAAGUAUAAAGAUUGGAGGGGGUGAGGACCGACGGAGGACACUCACCCCUUUGGCCCUUAGAGAGAGAUACAGUGCGCUCAAUGAACCAACUGUAGCAUCAAUGAGCGCAAUGGAAAGGACGGAGAUAAAGAUGGCUUUAAUAGCUGAACAACUGGGACUAAGCUGGGCCGAGCUGGCCCGAGAACUCCAAUUCAAUGUGGAUGAAAUUAAUAGGAUUCGUGUAGAGAACCCCAAUUCCCUCCUGGAACAGAGUUCAACACUUCUCAAUUUGUGGAUUACUCAUGAAGGGAAGAGGGCCAAAAUGGAGAACUUGUUCAUGGCACUGAAGAGCAUUGACCGAAUGGAUAUUGUGAACAUGCUAGAAGGUCAACAGGGUAACCAGGAACAAGAUCGGCACAGACACAGUGACCGAGACCACCUCUCUCUUGGCAUACCAAAUGGUUAUGGACUGGUGGUUCAGGACGUGUUGGUUUCCCCAGCCUCAGUGCAACACAGCCUGGCCUCACCAAUGGGGCUCGAGCCCUACUGGCAGGAAGUCUCUAGUAUGGAUGGUGCUCCCAUAGCUACCACUGAAGAAGACACACUUAUGGAGAUGUCCGAGGUGCAAGUUUGGCCAUCGGGCAAAAGCCCAUGUCUGGUGGCCGUGGAGGACUCCUCGCUUGAGUGUAGCAAUGCUGAGGACUCAGAGGGGCUGUCCUAUGGGAGUAUGGGCAGACCAGGCAGUGCCACACCAGGUACAGGACGUGGUCCCAUUGGCCUGAGUGGGUCCGUUGAGCUGCUAGAGGACCAGUCCUUUGGGGCAGGCUCGGAACACUGUGCCACCACUCCAGGAACAGGGGUCAACAUCAAUGGGCUGGACGGAGGUCAAGGGUUGGAGACAGAUGAGAAGGCACUGGAGGUUGCGGUUGAUGGAGGCAGGAAUGUUUCAGAAGGAGACACUGGAGGUUUGGGAGUAAGAGAUGACACAGGCUUAGUGGAAGGCUUGUCUGUUAUUGCAGGACAGCAGAGGGUUUAUGCUCGAAUGUGUGAGUCUCCUGGGCUAAGCCGAGUGGCUGAUCGCAAUGGUGACAGGACAAGUGGUGGUUCUUUCCUAUCCUACCUCCAAGACCAGACUGGCCCUGGAUGGCAUCCCAUCCCAGAUCCCACUCAGAACUGGGCAGGAACCUCACAGACACCCAAUUUCAGACAGGCCAAGGAGACCAUGAUGUCAUCUGUGAGGGCAGCAGUGGAUGCAGAUUUAAGCCAGUCUCACCUGUCCCAGGAAGCUUUGCUCCAACCAGUACGAGACAUGGGGCACUCAGAGAUCCUUCGUGGGCAUUAUUGGGGAACUCAGCCUUUUGAAAAGGGCCUAGGCUUCCCCCACAGAGUACCAGACCUUCGAGGAUGGGAAGAUAUGCACCUCAGAGGACAAGGUGAUGAAGCUGUGGAUCUUCCUGGAGAGCAAGUGAGUGAGGAGCAGUUUACAGAUGAGCAUGGCAACAUCGUCACCAAAAAGGUGGUGAGGAAGGUGGUGAGGAGAGGAAAAGGUGAGGGUGAGGGUCAGGAGUUCAUUAUAGACGGGCAACAGGAAGCUGAUGAGUUGGAUGCUGACACAGAGCAGUUCAUGGGCUACGCUGUCCUUGGCCGUGAAAGCAAGCCGGAUGUUGUGGAUGUGAAGAAGGGAGGGGCUCAGAUAGUGAAAUGUGCCACUUUGCGGAGAGUAAAGCAGUGAGCGGCGCUCGUUCGGCCGUCCAGGACUUGUCUCCGGCACCCAAACCUUCUCUCAUAGACACAUGAUGAGCAUCCAGAACGGCAAGAAAGUGGAAAAUUGGGCAAAGGACAUCAGUGCCAAUAGAUGGCUUUUAGGCUUCUUUAAAGCAAACCUGCAAUGAGAACUAGGCUAAAAGCAUGAUUUCAUAUAAAAAGGAAAAUUAGUAGAAAAAAAUCUUUAAAAAAAAAAAAGCAUCCAAAAAGUGCUUCCUGUAAUCCCUGUAUCAGCAUGCGAGAGUGCUGUCGCAUGGCCUGCCUUUACAUACACCACAGAAAGCAAAGGAUUAUGGGGCUCCUGGUGAUAUAAGGGGCAAUAAAUGAGGAAGGGGUUUGUGCAUAUUGGGGUAUACCUGAACCCAGUGCUCAGCCCCAAUACUGUAUUUCAGAAACAUAUAUGCAAUCGCCGACACACAUGUGUAGUCACAUGACACAACGGUUCCCCCUCCAAAUCUCACACAUUUUAAGUCUUCCAAUGUGUUAUUCGUUGUAGUCUAAUCUAAAAAGAAAUUCUUUUAAAUCCAAUCUCGCUACACACAAGUUUUUCUUCCAGCACUGGAUUUGUGCAUAAUGCCGUAUAUGCACUGAAUAAUACACUACAUGUGUGUUUGAUAUGUCUGGAUGUGUGCAACUGCAAGAGAAACAAAUCUACUGUAUGCAAAGAUUCUGCUGCUACUUCCUUGCCUGGGCUUUUAUUUAGUUUGAUAUAACAUACAGCAUUAAUAACAGUGUCAAUGUCAAAACAUCAGUGUUACAUAAUGUUCAUGGUUUUUUCUCUUGUUUCAUUUUUCCCCAUUGUUGUCUCUCCACUCAUGGAAAAAACAGGGCUUUUGGCCUUUGAUAGAUAUUUAUUUUUUUUGCUUCUUCUAACUGUCAUCAGAGAGUUUUUCUAGGAAAUUGAUGACUUUAGACAUACACACACACACACACACACACACACCUGUCUGACUUUUACACUUGUGUUAAGUGCAAAUGUAGCAACGAAGUCUUCCAUUUUAAAUGAUCUCAGUAGCUCAGGUUUUGAUGUGCUGUGAGAGAGAGAGAGAGAGAGAGAGAGAGAGAGAGAGAGAGAGAGAGAGAGAGAGAGAGAGAGAGAGAGAGAGAGAGAGUAUUAUAAAGUAAG